GUUUUUUUAAAAUUUGAAAAAAAAAAAAAAAAUAUUUUGCAAAACUUAUAAAAAAAAAAAUUGAGAAUUUUGUUAAAAUUUAUUUAAUUAAAAAAUAAAUUGAUUGAAUUGAAAAACAUAAAGAAAAUUAUUUUAAAAUUAAAGAAAUCAUAAAGAUUUUGAAGAAGACUUUUGUUGAAAAUAAAACAAUUAAGUUGUACAACUUUCUUAAAAAUAAAAAUAAAAACAUUUGAUUUAAAGGAAGAAGAUUUUUUUUUUUAAUUUCACAAUAAUAAUAUUGUAAGAAUAAUUUUGAAUUAUUUUAAUUUUUAAUAAAUACAGAAAAAGUUCCAAAUUCAUUCAAAAUGAGUAAUAUAAUGCAAGGAGCCGCUUCAAAAACAAGAAUUAUUUCACAAGUAACAAAACAAGCAUCUACUUGUUAUGCUACAACAGCUAAUUUUGAUGUUACAGCUAAAAAUAAAUAUGAUCCAGCUGCAUUUACAUCAUUACAUUUAAAUUAUUCUGUAAAUGAAAAGAGUCUAUUAACUAGAUUUAAAAAUUAUAUGUCAUCACAACGUAAUAAAGAUAAUGAUCCAUUUAAACCAUGGCCAAAAAGUUUAAAUCCAUAUACUGGUGAAUGUGGUGGACCAACUGGACCAGAACCAACUAGAUAUGGUGAUUGGGAAAGAAAGGGUAGAUGUUCCGAUUUUUAAAAAUUAAUAUAUAUAUAUAUGUAUGUAGUUAUAUAUAAUAUGUAUAUACUAUAAUAUAUAAAUAGUAUUAUAUAAUAUUAUUAUAAAUUUAUUUAAUAAUUUAAAAAAAAAAAUUAUUUAAAAAAAAAUUUUUUUUUUUUUUGAUUUUAUUAAUAUUUUGCACUUUUAUUAUCCAGUUUUUAUUUUUGAUUGAUUUAUAAUUUAAAAUUAUAAUCAAAAAUGUAUAAUAAAAUUAUAUAAGGAUAGUGUUAUUAUUACAAAUUUUUUGAAUUCUAGAUAUUAUUUUAUAAGAUUGUGCACUAUGUGCACACCUAACCUUUGAAAAAAUGUAGAAAAGAAAAAAAGAGAAAAUUUCGUAGUCUUACAAAUUUAGUACAUAUGUAGUUUGUAGUUUAUAUAACGAAAAAUAAAAAUUAUUUACUGUUAAAA